CCUUUAUAAGGGAGAAGAUCAGCCCGUCAGGGUCCUAAAGUGCCCGUGCUCUUAAGUGGCUUCCUACAAGCAGUUCAGUGAAAGAGAUCAGAGAGUGAAAAGAAAGAUGGUGGGGAAUUCAAGCCUGCUGGCUGCAGUUUCCCUCCUCUCUGCCUUCCAGCAAAGUUAUUUUGCUUUUCGGGUCGGACUAGUAAGAAAAAAACACAAGAUUGCACCCCCAGCCGUCACAGGCCCUCUGGAGUUUGAGAGAAUAUUUCGUGCACAGCAAAACUGUUUGGAGUUUUAUUCUGCAUUCAUCGUAACACUGUGGAUGGCUGGAUGGUACUUCAAUCAAGUUUUUGCAGCCUGUCUAGGUCUCCUGUACAUUUGCGCCCGUCACAAGUAUUUCUGGGGCUAUGCAGAAGCCGCUGAGAAAAGGAAAAUUGGUUUCCGGCUGAGCCUGGGGAUUUUGGCCUUGCUGACUGUCCUUGCUGCCCUGGGAAUAGCAAGCCGAUUCCUGGACGAAUACCUGGACUUUCAUGUUGCCAAGAAACUAAAGAAGUCCUUCUAAGUUUUCCUCUUCUCUUUCAUGCUUGUAGAGGCCGUCACCACUCUGAAAACAAUAUGAUGCCAUGUGUUAAAUAAAACUUUUAAAGCUUU